AUGAACUUCAAAUCUUUGUUAGCAGUUGCAACUGCUUUGAUCACCGUUAAUGCUAAAAAAAUUUUCAUUGAUAACGAUGGUUUAGCUUCAUUAGAAGCUUUAUUUGCAAUUUCUGCUGGUUAUGAAAUUGUUGGUGUAUCUUCAAGUUUUGGUUCAUCCUCCCUCGUUGAUAGUGCUGGUGCUGCUUCUGAUGUUUUAAAAACUUACAAUUUAACAUCAUGUAUUCCAAAUUAUCUUGGUGCUCAACAACCAUUAUUAAGAACAAACGAAACUUUCCAUGCUUGGGAAAACUUAUUUGGUGACUUGGUUUGGCAAGGUGCAUUUGACGCUUCAUAUGCUGAUUCUCAUAGCUGGGAUAACGUCACUUAUGAUGAUUCAAAAGCUGGUGCACUUGCUUUAAUUGAAGCUGUUAAAAGUAAUAAAGAUAGUGAUCCAGUUACCAUUUUCGCUGCAGGUAUGAUGACUACUGUUGCUCAAGCUAUUUCAAUUUAUCCAAACUUGGUUAAAGAAGCCGCUGGUUUGUAUAUCAUGGGUGGUUAUUUUGAUAAUCAAUAUGCUCAAGCUACCGGUAAUUCCAUCACAAUUGAUAUUAACACUGAUAUUAACUUAAUUCAAGAUCCUGAAGCUGCUCAAAUUGUUUUAACAUCUGACUGGAAAGAAUUAGUUAUUGGUGGUAAUUUCACAAACUAUUUGGUCCCAUCUCAAGAAUUAUAUGAUAAAAUUAUUGACAAAGCUGGUUCAAUUGAUUUGAUUAGAAGUCAUCCAUACUUUUCUCAAGUUUCAAAUUUAUUAGCUACAGGUAAUUACACUGAAAAUAAUGACCAACAAAAAUUACCAUUCUGGGAUGCUGCCAUUUUAUUUGCUUUAGUUAAUCCAGAUACCAUCAAAGAAACUACUGAUGUUACCGUUGCUGUUGAUACUUCAUUUUACUCACCAUAUUAUGGUUCCCUUAAAUUAUACUCUCAUGAAUGGGCUCCAAAAUCAGGUUAUAAAGUUGCCAAUGCUACCAUUGUUGACAAAAUUGAUGAUGAACAAUUUUAUAACACCGUUUUGGAUGUUUUCUUCAAAAAUUGGACUCAAUAUUGUGAAGUCCAUGGUCCUGUUGCAUUAGAAAUAUAG